AUGGCUCAAGUUGCGUCUAUAACAUGUGAAGUUUGCGUGAGUGCCCCUGGAUCACAAUACUGCAUAGACUGUGAAGAAUACUAUUGUGAAAAUUGUAAGUUGCUACAUAAUAGACAGAAGUUAUCGAGAAACCACCAGUUUCAAAAAGCGUCCGACCUGAUCCCGGAAGGGAAAUCUAAAUGUAGUGAACACAAAGAAGAAUUAACGUUAUUGUGCAAUGCAUGCAAUAUACCAGCAUGUACCAGUUGUGUGACAGGAAAUCACAAAGGGCAUACAUUUUCCAAAUGGAUCGAUGCAAUCACGAAAAUACAAGUGGAAAAUGAAAAGAAAAUUCGUGCCAAGAUAAAUGAGGCAAAUCAAAAUAUUAUAAAGAUUGAGAAUAGCGUGAAGUCGUUUGAUAAUUCCGUUGAAUCUGUUAUAAAGGCCAUCAACAAUGAAGGAAACAUGAUGAAGCGCAUGGUUGAUGAAUCCGUAGCUAACAUGAUUGCCUUGGUAAAAGAACAAACCAAGAGGGAGAAGGACAAGCUGAUGAAUAUGUUGUUUGAUGCUAAAUCUGUACUUGCUGCUGGGCAGAACGUUGAUAAGAGAAGAACAGGUUUAGAUAAAACGAGGCAGGAUGGAACAAUGGUAAAACAGCUGCAAAAUCUGAAAAGAGAAAUUAACAAGCUACGUAUUAAGCCCCUUCUGGAGUUUCCAAAUAUAUCCUUCAGUCCCAAAUAUCUAGUUGAAGAUAAUAUGAGGCAACUUUUAGGUACAUAUACUCUAAGGUAA